CUUCCUCCUAAACUCACUCCAUCAUAAUUCUUCUUUCCAAAUUUAGAGAGAAAAAAAUAAAAAUCAAACUCAAUCAGAAGAAGAAAUUUCAAUUUCCGAACCCUAAUAACUCAAUCAGAAGAAGAAAAUACAUAAUACAAUGGAGAAGAAAUUCAAAUUCACUUCUUGAUCAUCAUCAUCAGCUCAAGAUUGUACUUACUUGGUAAGAAUUUCUUGGUAUUUUGAGUUAUUUCACUUCUGGGUUUGGUUGAUUUGUUGAGUUCUUUAAAGGGUUUGGUUGAUGUGUUGUGGUUUCUUCAAAAGUUUGUUUGAUGAGUGAGAAAGUUUUGAUUUUGAAAUAGUGGGUUUGAGAAAUUUGAGGGCAUUAUCCUAAUUUCUUUGGUUAGGUUUUGUAUUCUUGAGUUUUUGAUUAUUAAAGGGUUUGUUUUGAUUUUAUUAGAUCUUCAAUUUGGGGAUUUUAGUAAAGGGUUCAGGGUAAUCAAGAUGGGAUUUUUCUAAGGGUUUGUGUUUGUGAAUUUCUUUUUUCCAAUUUGGGGAAUUAGAAACAGGGGGUUUGUGUUCUUAAGUUUCUGAACUGAUAAAAAUGUCUAGUGCUGGUGCUACGCUUAGGAUUAGAGAUGAAUCAGUUCAUUACCCUGGUUAUUUUCAUGGAUUGCCUGGUUCAGGUAAGAAUGAAUCCAUACUUAUUUACCUCACUGUUGGUGGUUCUGUGAUUCCGAUGCAUGUCUCGGAGUCCGAUUCGAUUGCAUCAGUCAAAUUAAGAAUCCAGACAUGUAAAGGUUUUGUUGUGAGGAAGCAGAAGUUAGUCUAUGAAGGCCGAGAGCUGGCUCGGAACAAUUCUCUUGUGAGAGAUUAUGGUGUCACAGAUGGGAAUGUUCUUCAUUUAGUCCUCCGGUUAUCCGAGCUUCAAGUUAUUACUGUGACGACUGUUUGCGGUAAAGAAUUCGAGUUUCAGGUUGAGAAAUGUAGGAAUGUAGGUUAUGUUAAGCAGCAGAUUGCCAAAAAGGGUGGGAAAGAUUUGGUGGUUGAUAAGGAUCAAGAAUUGGUGUGCAACGGUGAGAAGCUCGAUAAUGAUCAGCUUCUUAUCGAUGAUAUUUGUAAGGAUAAUGAUGCUGUCAUUCACCUCUUGGUUAGGAAGUCUUCGGCAAAAGUUAGGGCAAAACCUGUUGACAAAAAUUUUGAAUUGUCAAUUGUUGCAUCAGAUUCGAGUGAGUGUAAAGAAAAAGAAGCAGUAGUUGUAGAGAAAGAAGAAGAGAAGCCGCAGAAGAAGAAUGACGAGCUUUUUGUUGUAGAUAAGAGGAAGCCUCUUAGUAGAGAUUUCCUGCUGGAACCGCUUAUUGUUAACCCGAAGAUUGGAUUGUCUUCCGUUAUUAAGGAUAUGAUUCAUUCUGUGUUUGUGGGGUUGGAGAAAGGGAAACAGCCGGUUAGAUCUUCUGAAGGUUCUGGAGGAGCUUACUUCAUGCAGGAUCCUUUGAGUGAUAAGUACGUCGCUGUGUUUAAGCCGAUUGAUGAGGAGCCAAUGGCUGCAAACAAUCCCCAUGGGUUGCCCUUGUCAUUGGAUGGUGAAGGUUUAAAGAAGGGGACAAGAGUUGGAGAAGGUGCACUAAGGGAAGUUGCAGCAUAUAUUCUGGAUCAUCCUAGGGGUGGACCACGAUCAUUCAGGAGUAAUGAACUAGGAUUUGCUGGUGUCCCACCAACAACCAUGGUUAGGUGCUCGCACAAAGGUUUUAAUUACUCGGAUUCGUACCAGUAUGCAGCAAAGAACUUCAAGAUUGGAUCAUUGCAGAUGUUCAUGAACAAUAGUGGUAGCUGUGAGGAUAUGGGCCCUCGUUCAUUUCCAUUGGAAGAAGUGCAUAAGAUCUCUGUGCUUGAUAUGAGGUUGGCGAAUGCUGACCGACAUGCAGGCAAUAUCCUAUUAAGCAAAGAUGAGGAAGGUCGUACCGUGCUGAUUCCAAUUGAUCAUGGAUACUGCUUGCCUGAAAAUUUUGAGGACUGCACUUUUGAUUGGCUCUAUUGGCCUCAAGCCAAGCAGCCUUAUGCUCGUGACACUAUCGAGUACAUUAUGUCGCUAGAUGCUGAGGCCGAUAUUGCACUUCUGAAGUUUCAUGGAUGGAAUGUCCCACUGAAGUGUGCUCGCACUCUCCGUAUUUCCACCAUGCUCUUGAAGAAAGGUGCAGAGCGUGGGUUCACUCCAUUCACCAUUGGAAAGAUCAUGUGCAGAGAGACCCUAAAGAAAGAAUCUGUGAUCGAGGAGAUUGUCUCUGAAGCUCAGGAUUCAGUUCUCCCAGGCUCAAGUGAGGCUACAUUCCUCGAAUGUGUUUCCCAGACCAUGGACCGCCGUCUCGACGAGCUCUAACGGAAGAGCUGACAUAACAUGAGGUACUUGUAUAUGUAGAUAUGAAUAAAUAGUAUGGAUAUUUCAAAGGUACAUAUUGAUGUAUGUGAAUGAUGGGUCCAUUUUCGGAUGGACGGCUUGAUGUAUGGUACUUUUACUAGGCUGCUGAAGAUUGUGACCCCCUCUUACGAACUCUAUUGUUUACACUGUUCGCUUGGUUAGGCGGACAGAACACCGUUAACAGGUCUCUUUUAGGAAUGCUUGUUGGUAUUAAAUCCUUUAACAAUUUGUUAUUUGGUUUCUUCUUUCUUUGUACCCGAUCUAUGAGAUUGGCAGGAAAAAAAAAACGCAUAAAGAUAGUUUGUUGUUAAGUUGCUUGGUUUUGUGUUGCUUUAUAAACCUCGGUACUGAACUCUUAAGGAUGGUUUUUAAUAGAUAUUAUGUUUUUAGUGUAA